AUGUCGGAAGCUAUGGUUCCACCUGCUGGCUCGUCUUUAGAUUACCUCAAUCUCCAUACCACAGCCCUCGCCUUCAUCGACGCGCAAGCUCAAGACCCCUCGCAGCCACAACGCAUGAACUUCAAACGCAUUGAGAGAAUCUGCACAACAGACUAUGAACAUUCAUGGGGACACAAUUAUGCAGUGUCGAUGAACCCUCGUCUUCAAGGCACAUAUUCGUUCUCGCAUUUCACGAAGCAUCUCGAGGCUAUGUUGCCGAACCUGGAGUCGUGGGAAACAACAGUGACUGAUGUUCUAGUAGACGAAGCGAAAAUGAAGGUCAUGCUCAGAGUCAGCUUCUGGAUGGUUCCAAAAGGCUCACAGGCAUCGGUAGAAAACGACUUGUUAUGGAUGCUGGAAAUGAAUCACGAGGGAAGGAAGGUAAAGAAGAGCACUGAGUUCGUUGACGGCAUUGCGGCAGGUAGAUUGAAGGAAAUUAUGAUGGGUGGAAAAGCGUGA